GCACUUCCUGUCCGGUCAUUGUUCUCCCAGUUAAGGCAGAGAGGCUCUGUAGUCUCAGUCCUGAAAUUGGCGCUGGCGGGCUGGGCCUCCGUGGUGAGCGGGUGUCGCCGGGCGGGAGAGGAGCAGGAUCGCCCUGCACCGACCCAUCCUUCUUGCGGAGCCACGAGGGAAUAGUACUCCUCUUGGUACUGGGAAGAGACUCAGAAGCUCUGGCGACGUGGAGAUUAGAUGGGGCGUGACCAGUGCUGGGCAUCCCCCGCUGAACAGAGAGGAUGACUGCAGAACUGAAGAGGACCAUGGCCCGAGCCUCCUGGGGCCCAGUGAAGGUGGAAAAGGACUGGGAUGAUGGUGAAAGUGUGAGCGCGUCCAGUCGACAAGUGUACUCGGAGAACGUCAAGGUCUGCGCCCCAGGGGAAGGUCCUUAUUUAAGCAUUGAUGUAUCUGAAGAGGAGGGAAAGGGUCAGAAAAUGUUCUGGGACAUGGCACUGGUCCUCAAAGCAACACAGGAGGCUGCUGCUGCUGCACCCCUUGGGGGCUACUCAUUACCAGGGACUCUGGCCAAGAGUGAGAUCCUGGAGCCUCAUGGGAUCCCAACCCCGCCAGGUACUGAAGCCAAGAACCUACAACUAUUGGUUCCUAAAACAGAGAUUUGUGGUGAAGCAGAAGAGCCUCCUGUGGUUUUAGGAAGAAUCCAGAAAGGUGACCUUCAAGGACCUGAGCUAGGAAAAUCUUAUGAAAAGGGAAAUGUGUUAAAAAGACAGAAAAUAAAGAGGGAAAAACAAGAUAUAAAAAAAGUGACAAUGAAAGACUCUCCAUUGUCUGAGAGCUUCCGGGAGGACGAAGACCAGAAAUCUAAGUCCAGGAGGAAAUACUGCCUUAGCUCUGACCCAGCCAAAAGUCAGAAAAUACAGCCUGGGCCGAAGCCUUUUACAUGUAGUGAGUGUGGGAAAGGCUUUAGUCAGAGUGCAAAUCUUGUUGUGCACCAGCGAAUCCACACUGGGGAGAAACCCUUUGAGUGCCAUGAGUGUGGGAAGGCCUUCAUCCAGAGUGCAAACCUUGUUGUGCACCAGAGGAUCCACACUGGGCAGAAACCUUAUGUUUGUGCAAAAUGUGGGAAGGCCUUCACUCAGAGCUCAAACCUGACUGUGCAUCAGAAAAUCCACUCCUUAGAAAAAACCUUUAAGUGUGGUGAAUGUGAGAAAGCCUUCAGUUACAGCUCGCAGCUUGCUCGGCACCAGAAGGUCCACAUAACCGAGAAAUGCUACGAAUGCAACGAAUGUGGGAAGACCUUCACUAGAAGCUCCAACCUCAUUGUCCAUCAGAGGAUCCAUACUGGGGAGAAGCCUUUCGCCUGUAACGAGUGUGGCAAAGCCUUUACCCAGAGUGCAAACCUUAUUGUGCAUCAGCGAAGCCAUACUGGGGAGAAGCCAUAUGAGUGUAAAGACUGUGGGAAAGCCUUUAGUUGUUUCUCUCACCUCAUUGUCCAUCAGAGAAUCCACACUGCAGAGAAACCGUACGACUGCAGUGAAUGUGGAAAGGCCUUCAGUCAACUCUCUUGCCUUAUUGUCCACCAGAGAAUUCACAGUGGAGAUCUCCCUUACGUGUGUAAUGAGUGUGGGAAGGCCUUCACUUGUAGCUCGUACCUGCUCAUUCAUCAGAGAAUCCACAAUGGGGAGAAACCUUACACAUGUAACGAAUGUGGGAAGGCCUUCAGACAGAGGUCGAGCCUCACUGUCCACCAGCGAACCCACACGGGGGAAAAGCCCUAUGAAUGCGCCAAGUGUGGCGCAGCUUUCAUUUCUAACUCGCACCUCAUGCGACACCACAGAACCCAUCUUGUGGAGUAGCGAGGAAGAGGCUGUUCCUCUGCUGUUGGUCAUAGCCUACUGCUCCCAAUAGUAGGCACCUCUGUUCAGCUUUAUUCUUCCUUUGUUAGAACAAAGCCUAUACCCUUAAAGUUAUUUUUCUGGAAGGGAAAGUAAACACAAGCAUUUCAGAGGCAAUUUAAAGAAAAUAAAACUUAAACAUCUAA